UGAGCUCAUGGCAGAGCCUGACACCAGGCCAACUGAGCUCAAGGAGAAGCCUGAUGGCAACACCGAGCUGAUUGAUCACACGGCAACCUCUGACACCGCUGUGACUGAGGACACGGCCAACCCUGACACUGCACUGGCCGAUCUCACCAUGAAGGAUGACACAGAACCCACUCAUUGCACAGCAAAGCCCGACACCGCUUUGGCUGAAGACACAACUGGCUCUGACACCGCAGCCACUGAUGUCAUGGCCAAGGCUGACAUGGCACCGAUGCCAAUUGAUGGCACAUCACACUCUGACGGGGCACUGAUGGACGGCACAGCAAAGCCUGACACCGCUUUGGCUGGUGACACAACCGGCUCCACUGCUGAUCUCGUGGCACAGGCUGACAUCACACCAAUGCUGACUGAGGGCACAGCAAGCUCAGCCAUGGCACCGAUGGAUGGCACAGCAAACCUUGAGACUGCCAUGACCCACGACACAACCAACACUGAAACCACAACAAGUGACCUCAUGGCAGAGGGUGACACCACAACUGAGGGCAUUGGAAACACUGACACCACGCCUUUUGAGAGUGCGACUGAUGCUCCCAAUCUGCACUUUUUGGAGGGGAAAGGUGUCUCCAGUUGGAAGCCAGUGCCGUCCAUCGUUUGGUCCAUCCACCACGACCUCACGUUCCACGUGUCUCCUCACACUGACAUCUGCAGGCUUGCUGAGGCACACCCACGUGAUGUGGUGAUGACUCUCCUGUGCUGUGCCCCAGAGUGUGACAGAGCUGCUGCAAUGAUGUGGAGCAGCAUCGCCUCCUCCGGAACAACAGUGGAGAAGGUGCUGCCAACACUGCUCGGAGCAAUGGAGGACUGGCCAGUGCACACCGUGUCCACCUCUGAUGGCGACGGCACAGACAUCUUUUCCCUGGCUGUGAGUUUCUGGAAUUGGCCUUUGCUCCUCCCCAGGUCACCUCCCCCACCACUGCAUCUCCCUGCCUCAGACCUUGGGCUGCACAUGUAG